AUGGCCUCCCCAGCGGCUUCGAAACUUCGGGAGCUCUUGGCCGACGAAAGCAAGAUUGUUGCAUGCCCCGGGGUAUAUGAUGGGCUCUCUGCCAGAGUUGCUCUCCAAGCUGGCUUCGAUGCUCUUUAUAUGACCGGUGCAGGCACUACAGCAUCUAGACUGGGGCAGGCAGAUCUUGGAGUCAUAACACUAAACGAGAUGUGCGAGACGGCUGGGAUGAUCGCAAAUCUGGACCGGUGCACCCCCGUGAUCGCAGAUGCUGAUACCGGUUUUGGAGGCUCUUUGAUGGUACACCGGACCGUUCUCCAGUAUAUCCGGGCAGGCGUCGCAGCUCUACAUUUGGAGGAUCAAGUCCUCGCCAAGCGUUGUGGACACCUCCGAAAUAAGCAGCUUGUUCCGGAGCCUGAAUUCCUAUCGCGCAUCAAGGCUGCUUCGAUUAAGCGACUCAAGAGCGCAGUUGAACUUGGAGCCGAUGUUGCAUUCCUUGAAGGUGUCCGCUCCAAGGAAGAGGCACGGCGAGUUUGUCAAGAUCUUCAUCCCGUUCCUGUGCUUUUUAAUGCGGUCGCUGGGGGGUUAUCGCCGGACCUUUCCAUCGAGGAGGCGCAGAAGCUUGGGUUCCGGUUAAUAAUUUUCCCUGGCUUUGCUCUAGGCCCCACGAUAGCAGCUCUCACUACUGCAGCGAAGCACCUUAAGGAAACUGGAUCCCUGGAAGUGACAGGAGAACUGAGUCCUCAAGCGCUGUUCACUGUGGUUGGAUUACAUGAAGCUUUGGCGAUCGAUGCGGCCUCCGGCGCGGGUUUGUUCCAGGAUGGUGUUUAA